AUGAAGGUGGAUUUUGGUGUUGUGGGCGUGCGCCUAGUCGUCGUCAGAGGCUCUACUCGUGAGGCUUACGAAGACUUCUACAAGCGCCUAGCCUUCCAGAUCAAGGAUAAAAAGGUCAAACCGGCCAACAUCGCCAACAAUGCCCUAAACGCCGGAUGA